GUUUAGAUCCUUUGUUUGUUCAGAUUUAUGAAAACCUGUGAGAAUGAUGCGUUAUCUUACUCUAGUCCAGCCAUUGCAAACUAUUCCAAGGAGUAUCCUUUGGUUCGAACCAAGGUUGCCCCAUCAGACAUUAAUGAAACCCAUCUUGUUUCAGAAAUCUCAGACGAGGAAUCUGGGAUUUAUCUUCAGAUUGAAACAGUUCGUCUCUCCUGGUUUAAAAACCAGUACCUUGAUAAGUUCACGUUCAACUUUGUAUUCCGGAGAGGAUUGCUCUUCCAGACUGAUGCUGGCUUGUGCCUAGAAGCCUACAGGUUUAUCUCAACAUACACAUUCCUUAAUCUUACAAAGGUGAAAGAGGAGAGAACAAAGUUCAUGGAAAGGGUACUUUCCUCAAUAUGCAGUCAUACGUCUCAUAACUUUGAUCUCAACAAUAUACAUGACCAGGCCAAGAUUAAACAAGUAUUCCUUGAGAUUACAGGAACUGUUAUUAAAUCUACAGCCGACAACAGUAAACUCGAGAAUGUUGGUCUAGGACCAAAGUUGGCGCUAACAGCUUUAGUGAAUAUUGCUCAGAGAGAUUUCAUUAUAUGGUGGAGAUUCUGCCGAAGGUCUAAGACAACGUCAGAGGAGAAAUGUAUUCUAUAUUACCUUCUUCAUGGUGGGUCAAAUUUACUUCAAGGAUUUAAGGAAGCUGUUUUAUCUCUCUACAUCACCUUCCUCAAGCAUGAUUUGAGUACAGAACUUCCUAGACGUCUGCUCGCUAUGACCUGCCUGCUCCAGACCCAUGUUGACCGGAAGCAGGGUUUGCAGAGUCUAGAAGACAGGUCCAAGGUUGAACUGGCGAAAAAGAUCUCCAACGUAUUACAAGAGGUUGGAUUGAGUCCCACUACUCUAUACACAGAGUUAGCUCUGCUCCAACCUAACUGGUUGUCAGCUAUGGUUUCCUCGUUCAUGUCGAGCUCUAACCUAAAUAUCAGGUCUCUCAAUGACAGGAUGAACAAACUAGAAUUAAAACAAGACGAAAGCGAGAUUGAGAGACAGAGAUUGAUUCUGGAGAAUGGUUUACACAGACUGACUGCGUGUACCAACGUACACAGCAUAUACAGGGCCGAGAGACAUUUUGGAGUUUCCAAAGAGGAGUUUUCUGCCUUCAACAUAGCAGAAGAAUUGGAAUCUAGAGUCCAGGCUUUACAUUUGGAUGAAGUCCUGAUACCCUUGGAAGAGGAGAAGGAGAAGGAGGGCGAAAAGAGGGGUGAGAAGGAGAAGAAGAGUUCCUCUCUAACUAUAAUUAAUCAACUGCAGUUUAUCGACACAUGCGCAACCCGUACGAAAAAGUUAGUGGGUGCGUCGAGAUCUCUUUUCUUCAAAUUUGAUUCGAAUGACUUCUGAUCAUUCUCGUGGUUGAUAGGAAAUAGACUGUGGUUACUUACUUAAAGAAUUACGCAUUACAUAUUUGACGCAUUUUUGUACCAAUCAGUAUUAUUAGAUUUUAGGAAUAACAGUUUGUACGGUUAUUUAUGCCGUAGUCUGCUUUGUUUUUUUUUUUCAAAUUGCUUAAGACUCAAAAAUAAAUUAAAACCUUUUAGUAA